AGUAUAAGGUUACAGUGGAAUGGAGAGGCAGAAGAAAUGAACGGAAAAGGCAAGGCAAAUGACAUCGGGAACGCACGGACCAACGUUAUCGAAUCCACCCGACCGGCCAAGGGAACUUCCGCAAUCCCAUUGAUUCAAGUCAUUCGCAGUUUCUCCAACAAAGAUAAAAAUUAAUAAAUCAAGGAAAAUUCUCCGAUUACUAUUAUCCACUUCAGCAUCACCGGUUGGUGCCGUCGCUGCACUUCUGACUUCAGCAUUCCACUCUUUUAUCAACCCUGUUAAUCUUCCUCGCGCUUUGCCCGCCGGUCUCAAUUGAAAGCCAUCGCCCUCCCGUAACCCCCCUCAAGCGCUUCCCGGUCUUGGAUGUCUCGUGCCCCUUCGUUUCUCAACCGAGCCCCGUCGAUAUUGGUAUAAAUGGGUGUCUGUGCUUCGUGUCUGGGGGUUGGUCGCCGGGACAGUCAGGAUUCUGAGUCUUCCCAACGUCUCCUCGACGAUGAUAUCUAUCAGCCUGGCUAUGGAUAUGGCGCGUUAAACAAUUCUACCCAAGGCAACCACCCGGAUACUGGAUACUUGAAGCGUGAACGAGAAGCGCUCGAAGCUAUCUGCCAACGGACGUCGGAUUCCGUCAUCGAUAUCUGGUCCCUCCAGCCCCAACCUCAUCUACAACCCCGAGCGACUCUCCAUGGUCCCGUGUCCCCAGCUUCCUCUCGAGCCGGUACAAAAGACGAUGUACCCGUAAGAGUAACCACCACUCCCCCAGCAUCAGAGGCCGGAUCUUCCGCCCAGAAGCCUGGCUCUCCGAAGCCAGGCGCCGUUCCAAAACACUGGGGUGAGGUGGUCAUAAAUCCGCGCAAGGGGAAAUCGCAGCAGCUCGACGAUAAUGCCCGCGAUGUGUUUGGUGUUCUGAAGGUUACUUAGUUCGGAUUUGACAAGGGUCGAUAUGACGGUUGAAUUCUGGGGGAUUUUAUUCGUUAUUUUCGUUCUUCUCUCGCAUAGGUCGCCGGUCGAUGGUCGAUGUCUUCCCCUCUUUCUUCUUGUCAUGCACGGCCGCCGUGUCUUUGUUUCUUUCCUUUCUUUUCCAUUUCUUCCCUGCCACCCUUCGCCCUAGAGAUUCUGUUCUAAUACCCUGACUGUAUUUUCUGUUUCUUUUGUAUGGUCUGUUUCUUUGCUUUGGUUUAUGUUUGUUUCUCACUUGCUCUUUACGUUUCGUUUACAUACAACAACACAUGCACGAUCUUUCAUUGGUGUGAAUAUGUGAAUUCCCUCUUUUGUUGAUUCUUUUGGCUAUGAAACCUCCCGUGUCACACUACUACGAAGGUGAUAAAUA